AUGGCGAAGCGAACAAGCUCUGUACAACUGAGCCCGGCCAAAAAGGCAAAAAAGACGGUCGACUCGCCUGAACAGUCGAAGAUCGCCGUCUUAGGUGCACUCCACGUCCGACCAAGCAAAGUUGUGGCUCAUCCAGCACCAACAAACUUUGGAAGUUCCUGGACCCUGACCCAACAACCCCAACUUCCGCGCUGGACGCACCCCUCUGCAGAGAUCCUGCUCUUGAUACCUUCAAGAAAUAGGUACCUCCGCGCCAAGCGGCGUGAAAUUGUCAGACCUCGAGGCAUACAUCGCCGCGAAGAACUUGAACACACUCGCUACCCACACGUUUUCGAUUCGAACGGAAACAUUCGUUCGUCUAGCUUGAGGGCUAACGAAGAUCCAGCCUCGCUAGCCACUCACAAGGAAUCCCAUUCUUGGUCAUUUCCCGGGGCUCCGUCGUUCUCUCUGGUCGAACCCACCCUCAGUGCGCUAUCACCUCACAACUAG